GCACGGGGGACGUAGACGCGGGAGCGAGCCCGCUCUUCUCGUCCGUUCUCGCUUCGUGGAAAAGAUGAUGAGAGCCAAAACCAGGAGAGCAGACAGAGGUGGACAAAUGCAAAAGUGAUGUGCCACAGGAGUUAGCAGUUGAUUGGAGGUCCUUUUCAGCUUGAACAGUCUACAGCCACACCUUUCUACCUUAUUCAAGGCUCACUCAGCGAGAUGUCAUCUGCUGCCCCUCCAGGUCACAACUGGACACGUUCUCAGCCAGCUGCAGAUGAAGAGAGUGAGGACCCCGUGGAUCAGAUGAUCUCACGCACAGGUUGCAUGGCCUGUCACCAUGCUGUGCAGGAGUGUAUGGCUGAGCACCAAGACUGGCGGAAGUGCCAGGACCAAGUUAAGGCCUUCAGGGACUGCAUGAGCCAGUACCAGAAAAACAGGUUGGAAGAGCUGCAGAGGAGGCAGAAGCAGGUCCCCACUGAUGGCUGAGACACCCAGAGAACUAGGCUGAGGAAGGCUGAAUACUCACCAACUCAGUAUGACAGUGAGGAGCUAGGAAACUGAAGAUCUGAACAUAUGGAGGGUACUCCUAGAGAGAAGACAAUUCAGAACAGCCAAUUCAAUGCAAAUUAACCAAUGUUUAUUAAGCAGAUACUGUGUUAGAAUCCACUGCUUAAUGGGGGG